GCCAUGGGGCUGGAGGCUGCAUGCGAGCUGGAGAGCGGCGCACUAGGCGCGCUACUGCGGGAGCCGCGGGAAGCUGAGCGCACGCUGCUGCUGGACUGCCGGCCCUUCCUGGCCUUCUGCCGGCGCCACGUGCGAGCGGCAAGGCCAGUGCCAUGGAACGCGCUGCUGCGGCGCCGUGCGCGCGGCCCGCCUGCCACCGCCCUCGCUUGCCUGCUGCCUGAUCGCACGUUGCGGGCGCGCCUGGCCCGCGGGGAGCUGGCGCGGGCCGUGGUACUGGAUGAGUGCAGCGCCUCAGUGGCCGAGCUGGGGGCCGAUAGCCCGGCGCACGUGCUGCUUACCGCACUGCUGCACGAGACCCACGCAAAGUCCACAGCCGUGUGCUUCCUGCGAGGAGGCUUCGACAACUUCCAGGUCUGCUUCCCAGAUCUGUGCUCUGAGUCCCCUGUUCAGGCGCUUCCACCAAGUGGACCCGAAAGCAGCCGCCCAGACCCCAGGGCUCCCUUCUAUGACCAGGAUGGUCCUGUGGAGAUCUUGCCCUACCUCUACUUAGGCAGCUGCAGCCACUCAUCAGACCUGCAGGGCCUACAGGCAUGUGGCAUCACAGCCGUCCUCAACGUCUCUGCCAGCUGCCCCAACCACUUUGAGGGCCUUUUUCGCUAUAAGAGCAUCCCUGUGGAGGACAACCAGAUGGUGGAGAUCAGUGCCUGGUUCCAGGAGGCCAUUGGCUUCAUUGAUUCUGUCAAGAACAGCGGAGGCCGGGUGUUGGUGCACUGCCAGGCUGGCAUCUCGCGUUCUGCCACCAUCUGCCUAGCUUACCUGAUACAGAGCCGCCGUGUGCGGCUGGACGAGGCCUUCGACUUUGUUAAGCAACGCCGAGGCGUCAUCUCGCCCAACUUCAGUUUCAUGGGGCAGCUGCUGCAGUUUGAGACCCAAGUGCUGUGCCACUGAGGCAGGGUUUCCUCUGCCUGCUUGUCCCAC